AUGGGCUUGGGUGCCCCUGUAAACAGCAUAAACAUGCUCAACGGCGUCCCUGCAUCGACCAGCAUCCUCAGCUCCGCGCAAGGGAACUCGGCAAAUGGCUCAUACAACCAGUCUCCCGGGUUUACUGCGCUUGGGUCCGGGCAUUACGAGCAAUCGGGCCUCGGCUGGAUGCAUGCGACACCCCAACAAGCGCAAUUGGCGCAUACAGGGCCAUCUUUGCAGCAUUCCGCUGUGCCGUCGUCACCUGGGUAUACCGGUCUGGGAUCCUCGCCUCUCUCGCUUUUCGGCACAAACGAUUCGCCCGCAACGCCACAGACGCAGGUGCGGCCGACAAGGAGCUCCGCCGCAUCGAAUGUGUCGCCCGAGUGGCACCUGCAGACUGCGUGCGCGGAAGUGUCGCGGCAGUCUUUUUCGCCGCACCACCAUGCGCGUGCAGCUGCGCUUGCCGCGCGCAGCAUGGUAAACAACCAUGCAGACGCGAAAAAAGGCAUCCAACUUCCCGCGGGUUUUGCGGCGAAUGGACUGAACCUUUCCCAAAGCGAAGAAACGGCACGAGGCGCCGACGACUCGUUCCUUGCCAGCGCAACCUCUGCGAGCGACAAUCAAGGCACGCACGAUGCAGAACAGACGUGGUCCAUUAUCGACAUGGGUGGUCUGCACCUGAAAACGAUUGGGCUGGAAGUGUUCCGCUACUCGUUUCUCACUUCGCUCUUUAUUAACCACAAUAGUCUCACCGCGCUCUCUCCUGCCAUCGUCAACCUGCGCAAUCUCUCUGUGCUGGAUGCGAGUAGCAACAAGCUCGUCAUGAUACCACCCGAGCUUGGUAUGCUCACCGGUCUCAAAGGGCUUUUUUUGUUUGACAACUGUCUCACGGUGCUUCCUCCGGAGCUUGGUACGCUGUACCAGCUCGAGAUGUUGGGCAUCGAGGGGAACCCCAUGCAGGACAAUAUCAUGAGCGUCUUGCAGCGCGAAGGCACGCACGCAGUGAUUACCUACCUGCGCGACUCGUGCCCUGUUCCUGUGCCGCCACCGGAGCGCGAAUGGAUCAAUUUGGACCCCGAUCUGCCGAGCAUGUCGGAGGAGCAAGCGGCGAACGCUACCUUUGCUAUUCUCUCGUACAAUGUCUUGUGCGAGAAGUACGCAACCACGCACAUGUAUGGCUACACGCCGAGCUGGGCACUCGCAUGGGAGUACCGCAAAGAAUUUAUCCUGCAAGAGAUCAUGAGCUACAAUGCCGAUAUUUGCUGUCUGCAGGAGGUCGAAAUGGGCCAGUACGAAGAGUACUUUGCUCCGAAACUCGAGCAGAACGAUUACGAGGGCAUCUUCUGGCCCAAGUCGCGCGCGCGUACAAUGCGCGAUGACGAGCGCAAACAUGUGGAUGGGUGUGCCACCUUUUUCAAUUCGCGUGUCUUCAAGCUCGUCGACAAGCAGCUCAUCGAAUUCAACCAACUCGCGCUGCAGCGCCCCGACUUUAAAAAGACAGAAGACAUCUUUAACCGCGUCAUGACCAAGGACAAUGUCGCGACGAUUGCGAUGCUCGAGCACCGCGUCACGGGCGCAAAGCUCGUGGUCGCAAAUGCACACAUGCACUGGGAUCCGCAGUUCCGCGACGUCAAACUCGUCCAGGCCGCUGUGCUUAUGGAGCAGCUGGAACAGGCGGGACACCGCUUUGCCAAGAUCCCUUCGCAUGUGAAGCCAAGUGAGACGACGCCGCCCAAGUAUACCUCUGGCCUCCAGAUUCCUACCGUCAUCUGCGGCGACUUUAACUCCACGCCGGAUAGCGGUGUGUACGAGUUCCUGAGCAAAGGAAGUGCUCCGGCAAGGCACGUCGACUUUAUGGAUCACACAUACGGCUCCUACACGAGCGAUGGUUUGCACCACGACUAUGCGCUGCGCAGCAGCUACAGCAACGUGGAUGAGCUGCCGUUUACGAACAACACGCCUGGAUUCUGCGGUGUGAUUGAUUAUGUAUGGUAUACGGCAAACACCCUUGCAGCCUCGGGGCUCCUUGGCGAGGUCGACCCCGGGUAUCUCUCGCGUGUGGUUGGUUUUCCCAAUGCCCACUUUCCUUCGGAUCAUAUCUGUCUGCUGACAGAGCUCAGAAUGAAAAUGCCGAAGAACGAGCAUGGUCGAUGA